AGCAGUCGCUGUGUUUCAACAUGCGAAUAUGGAUAUCUUUGUUUGGUAUUGGCAUCGUUCUGAUUAACUACAAUAGAGUGCGAGGUCAACCAUGCCAAGGUGCAGUAUGCGUACCCAAUGCAUCAUGUGUGGACAAUGAAUGUAGAUGUGAUCCUGGUUUCACUGGUGAAGGAAGAUUCUUGUGUGAACCUACAGCAACAAGAUGUGUCUGUGCAGCAUAUGGUGAUCCACAUACAAUCCAGUAUGAUACUAUGAACAGGGCUACAACUCAGCUACUGCCUUGUAACUACGUAUAUUCCAUAUAUGCAACAGCAGGAGGGUGUCUUAUAACUGCAGUGGUUGAAACGAUGGAGAGACCAGGCGAACCCUAUAAGUCGUUUGUGUCGAGGACAGCAAUUACUGUAUUAUUGGGUGGUGUUAGUCAAACAGUGUAUCUUUCGGGUGCUGGAGUUCAGUCUAAUGCCAGUAAUAUUAUUGUUACCGACACUUCUGUACCAGGAACCGUGUCCAUAGACAUCCCUCAGUGUUUAACCAAAGCCAACUUUAAACCCUUUGGUGCUACAGCAAUAUCUGCUCCUAAAGUAGGAAGUGGUUUUCUGCCCAAUCUUUGUGGAAAUUGUGAUGGUAUGAGAAACGACAUUCCUCCAAUAUUUGCUGCCCAACCCACUAGACAAGAAAGAGAUAUUGCCUUUUCUUUGAGAAACCUUGCUAAUCAACAAGCUGCGACUCCAGAGGGGUCCAUUUGUACGAACCUCAAAGCGAGUGUUGCUCUUCCAAAUUGCGCCUCGGAUGCUCAACUAGCAAGAGCAACGAGUGUCCAGAAUGGUUGUGGAGCGAUCUUCCCUAACGAAGUGUUUCUACAAUGUGCUACUACAGCAUCAUUACCAUCAACAGCUGUUUAUGGGGCAUAUAGAAAUUGUUUAAAUCUAUACUGUUCUGGUAAUACAGCCGGGGCAUGUGUAAUAGUGGCUCAACUGUAUGCUGGUUUAAGCUGUACACCACCUCCGGGAUACACCUGUCCUUAAGAAGUAUCCUAUUCUAAUUUAUAUCCUAGUGUGAUAUUCGUUGUAUACUAUAUAUGAUAACAAGAUCCAUGUAAAUAAAUUAAAUUCAUUUC